AUGGCUAUUGAUGUCCAGCAACGUCGAGCUCGGAACAUUGGAUUUGGAGCUAUUCUUUUUCUUAUUGUUAUCUGGACAGUAAAGCUCUCUAAUCCAAAUCGUAAUGUCAUUGAAAUCUAUUCGAAUCACACAAAUUUCUUCAACUCAUCGCGUACAACAUUUUCCCUUCCGAAUCUGUUCCUUGGAGAGAAGUCAAAUGCGACAGUCGAAACCAAGCCUGCAACGGAUGAGUUUGGGGAUUAUUUCAAUGGAACAAUUUUCAAUAAAGUGGCAGUGAUAAUUGAGGACAGCUAUCGUCCUGAAGUGAUACCGCUGGUACUUCACUUUGGCAGCGUUCUCGGCCCAGCUUGGCCAAUUCUAAUAUAUACUUCGAUCGAAGAAGUUGGCCGGUUUUCCACAUCUGCGGCACUCUCUCGAUAUCUUACACAAGGCCUCAUUCAAAUACGUAAUCUGCCACAAUCAGUUCUCUUUACCGAUCUCAAAGCCAGAAAUAAAUUCAUGACAGAUGCAUGGCUGUGGGAGAAUAUUGCACCGGCAGAGCAUAUUCUACUCUUCAAUAGCGAUAGUAUGUUGUGUUCCAAUGCAGCAACAAGUGUCGAUGACUUUUUCGCUUAUGACUUGAUCGGAACACCGGUUAAAGAUAAGGGGCACAGAGGAGGCUUGAGUUUGCGGAAAAGGAGUAGUAUGUUAAGGGUUUUGGAUAUUUGGGAUUUUGCUGAGGAGGUCAAGAAGCAGGAGGACGAGAAGAAGAAGAAAGAGGAGAUGCGUAAGAAAAAAGAGCAAGAACAGAAGAAGAAAGAGGAAGAACAGAGGCAAAAGGAGGAGAAAGAGAAGAAGAAGAAAUUGGAGGACGAAAAGAAGAAGCUGGAAAAUGAAAGAAAGAAGACGAAGGGAAAAGGCCAAAAUCGUGAUAAGAAGGUGGAAGGGGGCAAGCAAGAUGGCAAGAAGGAGAAUGGGAAGAAAAAUGGGAAGAGGGAACAGAAGGAGGAGGAGGAGCCAGAGGAAGAAAUGGCAGAAGAUCAAUGGUUUCAAGAAAAGUACGUCCAGGUCUUUUAUUUCAUUGAGACACACUGACGAUAUGAUUCAGGUUACGCAAGUUACAAGACGACGAGGAGAACCUUGGUCUUGAUCAAGAAGACGAUGGUGCAAUUAAUUUACCUGCCGAAGAAGUUACCCGUACAUUCAGUGUUGAAUCCAUCGAUUAUCCACACCCAUUAGGAUUACAUCGCGUGCACAAGUGGAAGGAAGAUCAGAUGGAUAAAUUACUUGAUUGGUGUCCCGAAUACAGAUUGUGUUCUGUACCGCAUCAUGGAAGAGAGUUUCCUACAUUUGAAAAUGGAGGAGUGGGAUGGUAA